UAUAGUAGGAUUAAACACGCUGAAGAUGGGCAGACAUACUGUUCCUCAAACCAUGAUCAGUUAAGAAACUGUUAUUGAUAGACGAGCUCAUAAAAAUGGCGAGAGACUUCACUACAACAAGUCUGAGCAACAUUGACCUGGCCUCGUUACGGGAUCCUGCAGGGAUAUUUGAGCUCAUCGAGGUGGUCGGGAAUGGGACGUAUGGACAGGUUUACAAGGGUCGACAUGUGAAAACAGGACAGCUGGCAGCCAUCAAGGUCAUGGACGUGACAGAGGACGAGGAGGAUGAAAUCAAACUGGAGAUUAACAUGUUGAAAACUCAUUCCCAUCACAGGAACAUAGCCACGUAUUAUGGUGCUUUUGUUAAGAAAAGUCCUGCCGGUCAGGAUGACCAGCUUUGGCUGGUGAUGGAGUACUGUGGCGCAGGGUCGGUCACAGACCUGCUGAAGAAGACCAAAGGAAACUGCCUUAAAGAGGACUGGAUCGCUUACAUUUGUAGAGAGGUUCUGAGAGGUCUGUUACACUUGCACUCACAUCAUGUCAUUCAUCGAGACAUUAAAGGACAAAACGUGCUGCUCACGGAGAACGCUGAGAUUAAACUCGUGGAUUUUGGUGUCAGUGCUCAGUUAGACAGGACGAUUGGCAGAAGGAACACAUUCAUCGGGACUCCAUAUUGGAUGGCGCCAGAGGUGAUCGCGUGUGAUGAGAAUCCUGACUCGACGUAUGACUAUAGGAGUGAUGUGUGGUCUCUGGGUAUCACAGCGUUGGAGAUGGCAGAGGGAGCGCCACCCUUGUGUGAUAUGCAUCCAAUGAGAGCGCUGUUUCUCAUUCCACGAAACCCUCCUCCCAAACUAAAGUCUAAGAAAUGGUCUAAAAAGUUUCUGACAUUUGUGGACAGUUGUCUAGUGAAGAACUACCUCCACAGACCGUCCACUGAGACCCUCUUACGCCAUUCCUUCAUUAAAGACCUUCCCAAUGAACGACAAGUACGCAUCACGCUCAAAGAUCAUCUGGACAGAACCAGGAAGAGGAGACGAGAGAAAGAGGGAACAGAAUAUGAAUACAGUGGAAGUGAAGAUGAAGAAGAUGCCAUAAAUGAAGAUGAAGGUGAACCCAGCUCUAUAGUGAAUCUUCCUGGAGAGUCCAUGUUAAGACGAGAGUUCCUGCGUCUGCAGCAGGAGACAAACUCACAAACACAACUACUCCAGCAAGUACAUAAUCAAGACAACUACAAGAGACAACUGCUCGCGGACCGACAGAAGAGAAUCCAACAACAGCAGGAGGAAAGACGACGCCUCGAAGAUCACCAGGAAAGGCUGUUACACGAGACCGGACUCCAGUGGCCAGAGCUUCAGGAGAUGUUAUGGCAAGAAGAGACUGAUGUCACCGAGAAAAGCAAAAGAAAUCACAAGAAACAGCUCAAAGACAGUGAACAUCACAGGACUGAUGUUGAAUCGUUGUCUCUAAGUCUCUUUGCUGAGCAGGCUCAGGGCAGAAAACCCCUCCGCACGCUUCCCAGAGAUCAGUCACAGCUGCUAUUGCUCCAGCACGACCACGGACUCCAGCAGAAGAGGACUAGAGACACCUCACCACACGAUGGGCUGGCAGGUAAACUGGAAUCCCUCGACACCCAUCUUGUCAAUCUGAAUAAUUUAGCUGUCAGGAUUCCUCAUGUUCAGUCACGUCUGGGAUCAGGAAGCAACUCCAGUCCUUGUACUCCAGCGCUCCAGAGAGCCGCCAAACAGCCGAACAUGAACGUGUGCUCCAGUCGAGAGAUUCAUCACAGCAGCUCGAUGUCUGAUGUCACCGCUCCUCUCUCGCCAACACAAGAUGAGGUCUUCUUCAUCCCUGAUGAUCAGCCGCCAAAGAUUCCAGAACGAACAACGUCAAAAUUCAAAGAUGUCACAAGCCAUCAUAGAUAUGGAUCCAGUGGAGAUCGUCAGUCUUCUCUGGACAACAGUGUUAAGAUGUCCCUAUCUAACAGCUCAACAAGCAGUUCACAGUCAGGUUGCUUUAUGCUGGACAGUCCAGCUCAUCAAAACAGAAGCGCUCAAAGUCCAGGAACAUCACCACCAAACCAGGGUUUGGGAAUGAAGUCUCACUUCAGCCCAUUAAUGAAGCUUGCGGAAUAUUCUUCCUCCAGUGAUGAAGAUGAUGAGAAGACUAGGUCUCCGUUGAGCAAUGGAAGGCCCCUGUUAUCCAGAGGGCAGUUUAAUGAAAUCAUUCUUCAGCCUCAUCUCAAUGUGAAACCGCAGCAGCAGAGUGCAGCAAAGCCAACACAUUACGUCCAUCAGAGGCCUUCUGGAUCCCAAUCCAGCGACAGCUACCAUCUGCCGGACCUCCUGCACAAGAGCCCCACACAUGAGCUCACCUGCCACCAACACACCACACAGAGCUUUGAUAAAGUAUUCAAUAACCAGCCAGGAAAAAGCACGUCCUCUUCCUCUUCCUCAUUCUCACCUUUUAUUGACCCUCGUUUACUGCAGAUCUCUCCACCUCAGAGUCCGCAGGGAUACGACCAAUUGAAUGGCAGGUGUGAGCCGUGUGUUAGACAGCCCCACAGGAAGGGCUCCGUGGUGAACGUCAACCCCACCAACAUUCGACCUCAGAGCGACGCCCCAGAGAUCCGCAAAUAUAAAAAGAAGUUCAAUGCUGAGAUCCUCUGCGCCAGCCUGUGGGGUGUGAAUCUGUUGGUGGGCACAGAGAACGGCCUGUGGCUGCUGGACCGCAGUGGUCAGGGCAAAGUUUACUCUCUCAUCAGCCGAAGACGCUUCCAACAGAUGGACGUACUGGAGGGGCUCAAUGUACUCAUCACUAUAUCAGGUAAGAAAAACAAGCUGAGGCUGUACUACCUGUCCUGGCUGAGGAAUAAGAUCUUGCGUAAUGAUCCCGAGGUGGAAAAGAAACAGGGCUGGACCUCAGUGGGAGAUCUGGAGGGAUGUGUCAGCUACAAAGUAGUUCGGUAUGAAAAGAUCAAGUUCCUGGUCAUCGCCUUGAGGAGCGCAGUGGAGAUCUAUGCGUGGGCUCCCAAGCCAUACCACAAGUUCAUGGCUUUCAAAUCCUUCAGCUCACUGCCUCAGAAGCCCCUCUCAGUUGACCUGACGGUGGAGAAUGGACAGAGGUUAAAGGUCAUCUAUGGGUCUCACUCUGGCUUUCAUGCUGUUGAUGUGGAUUCAGGGACGCCCUUCGAUCUGUACCUGCCCAGUCAUAUCCAAGGUCUGAUUCGUCCGCAUGCCAUCAUCAUCCUCCCCAGCGGCAGUGGGAUGGAGCUGUUGCUGUGUUACGAGGAUGAGGGCGUCUAUAUCGACACCUAUGGCCGCAUCACCAAGGAGACGGUUCUGCAGUGGGGGGAGAUGCCCGCCUCUGUCGCCUACCUUCAGUCAAAUCAGGUGAUGGGAUGGGGCGAGAAAGCCAUCGAACUCAGAUCUGCCAAGACUGGAAGUCUGGAGGGAGUCUUCAUGCACAAAAAGGCUCAAAAGCUCAAGUUCCUGUGUGAGAGAAACGAUAAAGUGUUUUUUGCUUCUGUCCAGUCGGGUGGAUGCAGUCAGAUCUACUUCAUGACGUUAGGACAGAACUCGCUCUUCAACUGGUGAUCUUUUGUUGCUCGGUAAAAGCAUCCAAAUUACUCCGUAUAGACUGUCCAUAUCCCAUAAUGAACAAUCUCUGCAAAUAAAUUUCAAAUAGCCCAUUUUUCCAUGUUCACAUGUAAACAGUUUUAAUAAAAGUGAUAUAUAUAUAUAUAUACAUAUUAAUACAUGUAAAAUAGGUGAUUUAUUGCAUCCUGUCUGACAGCGUCAGCCUUUGUCGUCUUGAUCUGUGCUUAACCCCGAAACAUAAAUCUUGUUUUGGAUUUUAAUUUUAUUUCUCUUUCUAUUUUCAUGUCAAAUCUAGCUAAAUGGACUUUAUAUUUUGUCCCUAAUACCUAAUUAUUUUAUUGUAUAAUAACCAUGGCUGGUACACGGUUUGGUGUGAAACCGAUACUAAUAGCUAGUAGAUGAAGGACUAACUGUUGUACUAUUGUACGGUCAAAUGUUGUUUUUGGGGGGGUUGGGGUGUAUGCCGACAAUUCAGAACUGAAUUGAUACAAUAACUGUGCACUUUUAGCUUUAAUUUUAGGGACUUUUCAGGUUAAAAAAUUUUUUGUAAUGAUCAGUUUAACUUUGUUGUUUUUGUUUAUUAUAACUCUCACUAUACUACAACACAAACAUAACUGAACACAUUAUCAUGAUAAAUGUUAUAUCAAUAAAAGGUUUGUUUAGCUGUCA